CUUUUAGUCGGUUAUGAAUUGAUACAAUUUUCGUGGCAAAUAGGUCACAACUACUGUAUAUAUAUGCUUUAACAUAGUUUUAGGACAGCAACUGAUAUUAUUAGAGCAUUUCGCAGUAAUGGUGUAAACAACUUGCUUCAACAGAGAAGGUGUAAUUAAAUUGAAACUAAAGAUGACGUUAACAGAAUUAUUGGAGAAUGUUUACGAUGAGCUGAUUAGAUAUAUACCAGAUGAAGUUUACAAAUAUAUACCAAAAUCUCUUAUAACCAGAUCAUUAUUGGUUGGAGCUGUAACAGGAACCCUGGGUUAUCUCCUCUUUAGAAAGAGGUAUCGUUUACCACCUGGUCCCUUCGCUCUACCCAUAAUUGGAAGUCCUCAAUUUUUAAGCUCAAGUAAAGAAAACUUAGGCCGUGUGUUUCAUAAAAUAUCUAAAAAGUAUGGCCCGGUCUUCACCUUGUAUUUAGGACCAUAUCCCGCGAUUGUUUUAAAUCGUAUAGAUGUCAUCAAUGAAGCCAUAUUAAAAAAGGCGACUCAUUAUUCAGAUCGGAUAGCACGGUAUUCAGUGCAGAAACCUUCAUAUAACGGACAGGAUAUAGCAUUUGGACGAUUUGGAACUGCUUGGAAAUUAAGAAGGAAAAUUGCUUCAAGGGGAAUCAGGUUAUUUAUGAUCAGCGGUGCUAUAGACAACAAAAUAGAGGAAGCCGUCUCAGAAACAAUUCGAGCUAUGAUGAAAGAAACAGAACCAUUUGACCCGAUGCCUUUCCUAUAUUUCACAACGGUGAAUAUUCUAGCGGGCAUGUGUUUUGGUACCAGCUAUAAAUAUAAGGACAAUGAUUUUGAAUUUAUAAUGGGACGUUUAGAGACCAUAACAGAAUCAAUGAGUGGCGGUAUUCUAAUUGAAGAUAUUUUUCCGCCAAUGAGACUUUUUCCUUCCAAGAAAUUACUCGAUUUCCAGAACAAUUUCGACGAGCUGUUCCAGUACAUCGAUAAACAUAUGAAAGAUCACAGACGAAACUUUCAGCCAGACAAUAUUUCAGAUUUGACUGACAACCUCCUUUUAGCACAGAAAGAAGUUGAAGCGGAAGGCAAAGACAACAUGGCGGAGUUCAAUGAUUUACAUAUCACACUUACACUCUUUGAUGUCUUUCUUGCUGGGAAUGACACAUCAAGACAGACUUUAUAUUGGGCUGUUCUUCUGAUCGCUGCUCAUCCCGAUAUACAAACUAAAAUACAACAAGAAGUUGAUUCUGUUUGUGGUAGAGAGAGAUAUCCAUGUAUGGCUGACAGAGAGAAUCUUUCCUAUACGGAUGCUGUAUUACACGAGGUCAUGAGAUUAGGAACGGUGGCGCCACUGGGUGUUCCACGUAAUACGUCAUGUGAUACUACCAUAGCUGGUUACGACGUUCCAGAAGGUACUACUGUAUUCAUCAACCAGUGGGCCAUAAUGAACGAUCCAGAUAAUUGGCAGGACGUAGAUAAAUUUAAACCUGAACGAUUUCUAGAUGAAGAUGGCAAAAUGGCACCAAAACCAGAAAACUGGCUUCCAUUCGGUGCUGGAAGAAGAGUUUGUCUUGGAGAACCUUUAGCGAAAUCAGAAUUACAUCUGAUCAUUGCGUCAUUAUGUCAACGUGUUCAUAUCUCACUAGAACCAGGAGUACCGGUUAAUAUAAAGGCUAAAGAUGCUCAGAUUGUUAAUUUACCCAAUCCCUAUAAAAUAACCAUUAAAGAAAGGAUUUGAACUAGGUAUAUAGGUUUAAACACCUGACUUUAAAAAUCUUUUAAACAAGGUAAAUUGGAUAUUUUGGUAUAUUUGUGCGUUUGAUUUCCGUAAUACAACCCAAUUUAAUCAUCGACAUGAAAAGGUUGAGAAUUCACCUUUAAAAAUAAUAUUAUAAACUAUAAACGAUACACGCCCUUGUUUGUCUUUAAUAUAUAUAUAAUACUAUGGUUAUACGUAUUUAAUCCUAUGUUUAUAUACAUGUAUGUAUAUAUACAUAUUUAAUAUAUAUAUAAUACUAUUGUUAUAUACAUGUAUGUAUAUACAUACGUAUUUAAUACUAUGUUUAUAUACAUGUAUGUAUAUAUACAUAUUUAAUACUAUGGUUAUAUACAUAUAUAGAGGAUAUUUGUUGAUUUAGAGUGAAUAACAUAUUUUAUUUCAUCGAGAAGCAAGAAAACUUAUAUUUUCACGAAUGCGUAGCAUGAGUGAAAAUAUAAACGUUUUCUUGCUUAGAGAUGAAAUAAAAUAUGUUAUUCACGACAAAACGACAAAUGUUCUAUUUAUUCUAUGAUUUUACAAUCAUUUUAGGUAAAAACGACUAGCCAGUGGAAUAACACUUUUAUUUCACUGAUAAAACGCGGUAUUCCACUACUGAUCAUAAAAUAAAUGUAUAUAUACGUAUUUAAUACUAUGGUUAUAUCUAUGCGUAUUUAAUAUUCUGGUUAAUACUCUGACUUUAACAAACUAUGGUUAUAUACAUAUUUAAUACUUUAUCCAAAAAUAUUAGCACAACCGUAAAGCUGCACUACUUUGUUUUACGGUAAAUGAUGAAAAGAUAAGAAAAGGUAUGCCGACACAAACAGAUCUCAACACUGGUUUAAUAACAUUUUAAAGUACUUUUCGCCGUCUUGGGACUAUUCAUAAAUGAUGUCAUAGUUACACUGUGGUUUUGAUUGGCUAUAGUUACCAUUGUCUAUGGUUACAUAGUAUAUCGUUAACUAAUAGAACACACGUACACGCGUGUGUAAAUCUGUAGUAUAUGGGUUCAAUUUAGGAACAAUGAGUGAAAGAUAAUCAUUUGAUAGAUUUAAGAAAAUUAAUGAAGCUAAUGGCCAAUUGUUACCUUUUGACUAUUAAGUCGAGGAACGUAUUUUUUUAAAUAAAAUGGGUUUUCAUUAAUUUCCUUUUCGUGGUGUCAUCGACUUUAUUUUAUAAAUUUUAAAUAUAUAAAUAUUACCUGGACGUAUUUUUUUUAUUUAUUUAUGCAUUUAUCUACCGUAAACAAAGAAGUACUCGUACUUUAUCUACUUUAAUAUAUAUUUACAUAUAUGUGUUUAACUUAUAAAUAUAUGUGAUUUUAAAACUGUUUUAUCUAGUAUUAUUGAAACAUGUAGAAAUCAAACGUAAACAUGUAGUUCAUGAAUAAAUAUAUCACCUUUUAAAA